CACAGACCUCAUUAACCGAGGUCAACAUAAAUAGUAAGUUAGCACUGGGUUUUCUACCCUGUGAGCUCCUUAAACUUUUGAAAAUAAAUAAACAGAUUUUACGCAAAUUACAUCAUAAUAAAAUAAUACAAUGCUUCUAAUUAUUAACGAAUCGGAAAAAAUGAGACUUGUAGUCUGUAAUAGAUUGCCACGAAUGUGAAAUAAAUCCGUCAGAUUCUUGAUAAGCCUCGAGUGCUUCUGAGAUGGACUCGCGAGUUUAUUUAAAAGCUCGUCCUCCUCGAAAGUCGAGAACAUUCACUAACUUGAACUCAUAGCUAAGAUCGGCCAGAGAGAGUAACGAGAUAACUAGUGCAAGUGCUUCAGUUUGGUAAACUCAGUAAAAUGUCUUUGAUUUGUUUGAACGAUUACGAGCGCGCGGCUAGUGCGAUUUUAGACAAGCUCGCGUUGGACUAUUAUAAAGGAGGCGCUGGGGAUGAAUUAACUUUGAAAAACAAUGUGGAGGCGUACAGUAGACUACGGAUACGUCCAAGAUUCCUUCGAGACCUCACCGAGACCAACACAAGAUGCUCCCUUCUGGGAAAUGAAUAUAAGAUGCCUAUUGGGAUUGCCCCAUCUGCGAUGCAAAAGAUGGCCCAUCCUGAAGGAGAAAUUGGAGCUGCAAUUGCUGCCGGAAAAGCUGGAUGUGUUUACAUUUUAAGUACAUUAUCAACCACUUCUUUAGAGGAUGUGGCUGAAGCCGCUCCUGACACACACAAGUGGUUCCAGCUAUAUAUAUUCAAAAAUAGGGCAGUAACAGAAUCGAUGAUAAGGCGUGCUGAAAAAGCUGGCUAUGAAGCAUUAGUGGUAACAAUCGAUGCUCCUGUGCGUGGAACCCGUCGGUCUGAUAUCAAAAACAACUUUAGAGUUCCUCCUCAUUUGAAAUUGGAAAAUUUCUGUGGCGAACUUUGCAAUGGUGUUCGAUGCCAACCAGGUGUAGCCGGAGUCAAUCAUUUUCUUAUCUCGAAAUUCGACACAUCGUUAACAUGGAAGGAUAUUGAUUGGCUAAUUGAAUUUACGAAACUCCCAGUUAUCCUCAAAGGUAUAUUGACUCCCGAAGAUGCCCAAUUGGCGUAUGAACAUGGAGUCCGCGGAAUUAUAGUAUCUAACCAUGGAGCGAGACAAGUUGAUACAGCUCCGGCUACAAUCGAAGCAUUACCUGAAAUAUCCAGAGCUGUCGGAGAUAAAAUGCUGGUGAUGAUGGAUGGUGGUAUUAGAGCAGGAAAUGAUGUAUUUAAAGCGUUGGCUCUUGGUGCAAAGAUGGUGUUCCUAGGACGAUCUGUUCUAUGGGGGUUGACUGUUGGCGGUCAAAAGGGUGUUGAAGAUGUCUUGGAGAUUAUUCAUACAGACUUAGAAUUACUUAUGGGCUUAUGUGGCUGUGUAAAUGUAAAAGAGAUUAAACCCCAAAUGGUUGUACAUGAAUCAUACUAUUGGAAAUUGUAAAAUAUUUUACUUCAUUUUAUUGAAAUUAGUCCUAGAAAAUAUAUUAACGUUAGUUUCUCA